AUGCCUGUCAAACUAGUCGGUGUUGAUGUCGAGUACACGCACUACGUGAAGCCACAACGGGCAGUAGUGCUCCAGCUAUGUGUAGAAAAAGAAUGCCUUGUCUACCACAUCUCUGCAGCUAAAGACAGGCCAAUGGAACUAGACAAAUUCCUAAUGAAUGGUGAGUACACCUUCGUCGGAUUCGCCAUUAAAGGAGACAAAGGCAAGCUGAAGCUAUCUGGUUUGGAGAUAAACUCCGACAACUACAUUGAUAUUCAGGUGGAAUGGAGAGACCCAUACAAUAAAAAGAAGUUUGACUCUUUGGCUGAUGUUGCCGGCAGGAUGAUAGACAUUCACUACCAUGACAUGAAGAAAAAAAUUAACCGCAAGGAGGACCAUACUCUAUGGGGAUUCUGCCCACUGCCAGAAAAGCUUAUCAAGUAUGCAGCAAUAGAUGCAUUCGCAACAUAUGAGUCAUGCAGAAUCAUCUACAAUGUCAUCAUGGGACUGGACAGGGGAAAAGGAGACAAAGAAGAAAAGCAGAAGAAGAACAAUGUUGUAAUCAAAUGCAGCAACUAG